UCGCAGAGCUCAGACGCAGAAAUACAUUUUUGCAUAUAUCGAAUUAAUACGAAAGAGAAAGAGGGAAAAAAGACGACAACGUUAAUCACAAAAAUCGGUUUGUUCCGUGGUAUUUUGUGUUCUCGCCAUUCGGGUGGUGCAUGUAUUGGUGCGCAUCAUAUGAGUAAAUGUGAGCAUGUGUGCAUCUGACUGAAGGAAGAAAAAAAAAACGACGUACAAAUAUACAUAUAUCGAUAUGUAUGUAUAGAGAGACGAAUAAAUUCGCUGUAUCUAUGGUGUGUGUAUCGAAAUGAUUGAUUGCAAUUGAACGAGAGCUGCAGACUGCAAAGUGAUAAGAAACGCGAGCGGAGAAAGAAAAAGAAAGAAGAAGUGUUUCAUUGGGCGCUUUGUAAAAAUGUCGAAUUCCAAUGAAUUAUGUGCAAGAAGCGGCUAAACAAAUCGCACAUACAAUACGAUUUAGCUGAAAUAUAGAUACGCUGAUCCGACCAAAUUACAUUUAAGAAUCCCAAUAAGACUAUAAUUAGAGUUCUAUUAUGGAUUUGACGGAGACAAUGAAGCAGGUGUUGGCCAAAGUGUCAGCGGGAAAUGCGCAGGGAUUGAUGAAUUCGACUGUCAACAAUCCAGCUGCAAUGGCACUCCUCCAACAGCAUCACGCACAACAACAACAGCAACAGCAGCAGCAGCAGCAACAACAACAACAACAACAACAAAAAGCACAUCCCAGCGAUUUGCAAUCGAAUAACGGGCCCGGUGUCGGUUAUGUUAAUGAAAAACUUUACAUGCUGCUUCAAUUGUAUUUGCAAAAUAAAGGCUGGAAUCCAAGUGUCGAAUUGUUACAGUGUUUCAGUGAGCUAAAAGACAGUGCAAUGUUGCCAAGUGCAGCUUAUUUACAAGUAUUGGCCAAUCGAUUAUCGUUGGAUAGCCAAGGACGUUUGGUGCUUCGUGAAUCGGGUAAAAUUGUUUUACCGUACGAACAUUUUGCGAACGCUGUAAUGUUGAAGCAUAUGACCGGUCCACAUGGAAUGCAUUUAAGUUUGGAUGCCACCAUUCGAUCGGUUGUGGAAUCAUAUACGAUUGGCCGUGAAAAUUUUGGCAUGGAAAAAGAAUUUAUUGUUGAAGUCGUGCAAUCGUGUCCAAAUCAAGCGUGUCGUUAUUAUAAAACUCAUUUGGGCGGUACAGUGCCACCGUUUAUGGACAGUGCUUUUCAAUCGGCAGCUCAAACAAAUCCAGAUUUUUUGCAACAUUUGCCACAGCCACCAAUCCUGCCACAACAAAAUAUUCCAUCAUCACAGUCAUCGGGAAGCACACCCAAUCCAGGCAUUAUCGACAUGUCACAAAUGGAUGCGAACAAUGCUGCGCAUCUAUCAUCAAAACAACAGCACAAUAGCGUUAAUGCUCAAAAGCAACAACAACGGGCCGCACUAUCAGCUGCCGAAAAACACAUGAAAAUGGGACCAAAUUCAACACAGCAAAUUACAGCAGCUAUUAUUCAACAGCAAAAUCGUGCGAUUGCACAACAAAAUUUGGAGAAAUUUAAUAGCAUGUCGACCAUGGAAAAGCAACGACUUUUUAAAGAAUUUGAUAAGAAACAAUUUGAUGCACCGAUGCUUCAUACGGAUAAUAAUCACAGUCGGUCACAUGGACGUAACCUUCAACCAACACAGCUACCAUCUCGAUCGCCACAUCAAAUUUUGAACUCGAAUGCACCAUUAGAUCUUCAACAACAAUCAAAACAACAAAUUUCGCACAAGCAAUCACAACAAUUGAAUGGUGCUUGGAAUUCAUAUUCUGCACAACAACAGUCGUUGCCAAAUUUGUCGAAUCGCACCGAUAUAGGACAAACAACCAUUACACUUUCAAAUUUAAACGCACAUCAAUCACCGCACACACAAGCGGCAUUAUCGCAACAAAUUCCAUCAGCACACAAUCAAUCUCAAGUUCCGUCGAUGCCACCGCAACAGAAUUAUCAACAACAACAGCAGCAGCAGCAACAACAACAACAGCAACAAUCGUCGAUCGGCCAAGAGAAUAUUGUACGUGUUUUUGAUGAACUAAUGAAAAACAUUGCGAGAAUGAAAAUGUUUGUUCGGCCAUCAAUGUGCAAACCAUAUGGCAAACAAAGCGAAAGCCUGCAAAAGACUUUAAUUGACACCAUUCAAAUCGUUCAAUCGUUGCGCAAUUGUAUACCGGCGCCCACAAUUUCAAUUAAUGCUUGGAAAAAUGAAGAUCGCAACAUUAACUGACAUCUGAGUGUGUCCGAUGACUUUUAUUUUGAAGGUCAAUCGGAAAGCUAUCGAUUAUCAUCGAAUAAAAAUUGACGCGAAUAUAUUUAACAGAUCAUCGUAUUGUACGUAUUUUAAUCGGUUCCUGAUUUAUAAGAACGACUCAUAAUUUCAUUCUCCUUUCUGUGUUCCUUUUAUUUAAUUGUUUAUUUUUUUAAGGUUCUUUUUAAUCUAAAACUGAAAAGUAUUUAUUCUUUUUUAAUUUCGCUAAAAUCAAAUGUACCUUAAGCAUUGCAUUUAGUUGUAAUUUCUGUUCCUUAUUUUCCUCCCGCCUCCCCACGUCGGGUGAAUUAGUUUCAAGAAAGACUUUGAUUUGAAAAUUUUAUGUUAUGAACAUAUUUACGACUUACAUAAACAAACAAGAAAAGAUCGUUUUUUGUGAUUAAGAAUCACAAUAAAUUUAUUAUAAUUAAAUGAUAUCGAAAACAUCACUGUAAUUUUUAGUAUUAAGUGCUUCUCCCAUUCAUUUAUUAUGAUGUUGCAAAUGGAGCGCAAUUGAAACAAAUCGCUUUUAUGUAAAAACAAAAUAAUCGGAACAUUUGCGACGGUGAAUGUUGCUUUCGAUUUGGAUAGAAAUAAAAAUGGCGCAUAAUAUGCCCAAUUAUUCCGUUCUUCCCCUCGUUAAGAGACCAGCACUAUGUUACAUUUUAUGACUGUAUUUAAAUUACUUGUAAGUAAGCGAUGGAGUGAAUUAGAAAGCGAAUUAUUGCGGCAAGCACGCAAAAUGUUUUGAAGAAGUCAAUCGAGUUUCGAUCAUUCGAAUUGCAAAUAUUGCUGAUUAACUUGAAUUGGUUUAAAAAAAAUGGUAUUUUAAGCAAGCAGAAAGACAACGUAGCGAAAAUAUAAUCGUGAUACAUACAAAUCAAAAUGAGGCUAUUUUCAUCAUAUCGAUUGUAUUUUCCACGUUGGCACUUUCGUGUACUCUCUCAUCAAAUAUUCACAAUUUUUCAUUCCAAAUUUUAUAAUAAUUUAUUUAAAUAUAAACGAAAAUUCGCCAAAUUCAAAAUCAAACAUCACGCUCACAACUUUAGUCAAUGAUCAUUUUGAUACAAUAAAAAUUAAACAUCACUUUUAUCAUUAAUUCAUUUAUAAACUAAAUUAUGCAUAAUCUUAGAAAUUGAACAUUUUAAUGAAAACGUUUAGAAAACAAAUUGAUACGUUCCGAAUUGAAUUUUGUGGGGGAAAUACUGUAAAACCCAUGCCAAAAAUGGAACUUUUUUCUUAUUUUAAUGUAAAAAAAAAAAACAAAAUUUAAAUCAAUUUUAUUCGGCUAUAGGAAAACUGUAAUGUCAUUUUUCGAUUUUCAAGGCGCAAAAAGAAUAUUUAUUCGAAAGCAAACGAUGGCACGGCUACUGACAAAAAGAAAAUAUGGAAACGCAAUCGGCAAUAUUCUGUGAUAGACUCUAAGAAUGAAAUGAAAUGAAUGACAUGAUGAAGUUUGAAAGGUCAUAUUCCAUCACCCGAUUCAGUUUAACUGAAUUAUUACAGUAUUGUAUGUGUGUGUUUUCUUUUUUUAAAAACACUAUCAUAUGAAAUUUGAAAGUAACAGAAGUAUUUGGUUAAUUCCCUUUUUUAAACCAUCGAAUUAUAUUGAUCAUAAUUAUUAGAAUGAAAUUAGUCUAGAUUGGCAAUAUCAAGAAUGUGAAACAAAAUUUAAAACAAAAAAUAACGAAUUCAUAGUGCAAAUGUUAUAUUUUAACGCUUAGAGAAAAAAAGUGAGGAGAAAACGCGACAAAAUUUUCGCAAUUUUCAUUUAUUUGUUGGAGUUGCCAUCGUGCUGGUGCAAUUACAAAGACAGCCAACAUAAAUCAUUGGGAAUUUCUUGCUUUAUGGUUGUGUUAGAAAAGAGAAAGAAAAUCAAGUAAAUAGAAAUAAGGAUAAAUAGUUUUUAUUUCAGUAAAUGCUCAAGUCAAACGAUUUUUUUGUGUGUGUUUCAGCGGAUAGGUGGAAUUUCUUUUACUCGUUAGUUGUUUUUUUUCAUCCUUCGUUCAAGUUUUGUUUUACAUCAUUUUUCCACAUUGCAAUGGAAAAACGUAUAUUUCAUUAUCGAAACAUAUAAAUAUCUCAGUAUAUCAGUAUCAAUACAAAUGCGCAUAUUUUCGAAAAGAAAACUAUCUAAGAUAAACCGAAAUAAAAGCCAAUGUGCUUCAAACACACAUCAAUAACCGAGUUUUAAAAACUUAAGACAACAUUUAGAUUGUAAUUUAUCGAUUAUAAGAACAUUCAUUUUAAAUCCA